GGCUGGGGAAUGGGAAUUUCUCGCACUCUUUUUCUCUUCCUAGCUGUCGAUCUUCCUUUAUUUCGAUGUCUUCAGAUUCAAUCAGAGAUGUAUGCAGACAUAAAAGCGCAAUAUAUGUCUUGAUACAUCUCUGCAGAUUCUGUUUACGUCAAAAGUAAAGUCUUCGCCAUAACGUCGUUUUCACCUCUACCGCCUUUCCACGUUCAAUCAACCGACAUAAAGUCUACCGUCAACAACCUACGAUGCAGCACCAUUCGAGAAAAGGAAUCCAAUGCGUCACAUUGCGCGAUUCAACAGACCUCCGAGGAUGAAAAUAGUCCAGACUGCGGAUUCUAGCCGUUACUGUAAAGGUCAACAGAAUGUCCAGAAGUUACAUUUGAUUGAGAUUAUUCAACGCAUUGAAGUUAGUACCGAGCAUCUCAGUUUCAAAUCAACACCUUUUACCACAUUCGACACCAGCAUAUCGCUCUGGAUAUCAAUUUUUCCCCUGGGAGAUAGCAUAGCAAAUACGCUAGCGACGAUUUCCCCCCAAAAAAGAGAUGGUCCAGAAAGUGCUUGAACCGCUUCAGAUAGCCAUUUCCUCUUUCCAAGGACAAACCGGAUUCACACAUAUCAGUUGCAUUACAUAGUAGAUUCAACUGCCGAAAAUAACCUUUCAGUUGUUCUCAUGCUAUGAAGUCAACUGUCGAAUUUCUACGCAGGCAAAGCAAAGCAUUUCAAAAAAGGAGAAUGACUCCUAUCGAUCGGGACGCCA